AAAAGUAAAAUGAGUAAAAUCAUGGUAAAAUUGAGUAAAAACAACUAAUGAGCAUUAUCUAAUACAAUAAAGAAUAUCAUCUAGAUAUAAAAUGUAAAUAAAGACUUUAAAAAUAUUGUCUAUGUAAGAAAAGUUUUGUUUUAUCAUAAAUUGUUUUAAUCGCAUGUUGACAUCCAAUUCAUUAUCUAUUGAUAAAACAUAAACUCGAGUUUUAUAAGAAAUUAGUGUUAGCACAUUUCUGCUUUUGCAUGACAAUCAGCUGCAUCUCAAAAAUGUCUUCGCUUAAAAGUACCACUGGAUUGCUAAAAAGACUACGAACUUUAAUGAAUGAUACUAAAUAUGUAAGAGAUCCUAUAAGUGCAUACAUAGUUCCAACCAACGAUGCCCACACUAGUGAAUAUAUUGCUGAUGCCGAUAAAAGACGAGAAUUCAUUUCUGGAUUCUCGGGCUCUGCAGGAACUGCUAUUGUAACACUUCAGGAUGCACGACUGUGGACAGAUGGACGAUAUUACCUUCAAGCUUCACAAGAAUUGGAUUCAAAUUGGAAACUUAUGAAGGAUGGUUUACCGGAUACACCAUCACAAGUAUGGUUAUCUAAAAAUUUACCACAAGGAGCAAAAAUCGGUGUAGAUCCCAAGUUUAUUACCUAUAGGGAAUGGGUGUCAUUACAGAAGCAUUUGGAAUCAUCUGGUCAGGAACUGGUUUCUGUAGAAAAUAAUUUAAUUGAUCUCAUUUGGGAUAAUAAACCUAAGACUCCAAAUAAUCAGAUAAUACCCCUAGAUCGUAAAUACACAGGAAAGUCUGUUCUUGAAAAGCUAAAGGAAAUUAAUAAACAAAUGACUGAGAAAGGUGUCGGUGCUUUAGUUCUUACUGCUUUGGACGAAGUCGCGUGGUUUUUAAAUUUAAGAGGAUCAGACAUUGAAUACAAUCCUGUUUUCUUUGCUUAUGUUGUAGUGCUUCAAGAAGACUUUGUCUUAUUUAUUAACAAACAAUCCUACACUAAUAAUAUAGACAAUCAUCUGAAACAUGAAGCACCAGGUAUCACCUUCAAAGUUGAGUCCUAUGAUCAAAUAGGAAACUAUUUAGAAACUUUAGCUGAAAACCUUAAAGAAUCUGUCUGGUUUUAUGAUGAAUCAAACAGUUAUUUAGUCAGACUGUUAGAUAAGAAAAAAGUUUUUAUUUCAGAUAUGUCCCCAGUUAGUCAUAUGAAAGCUGUUAAAAACCAAAAUGAAAGAAAAGGAAUGCGUAACUCUCAUAUUAAAGAUGCAGUAGCUCUUUGCAGUUAUUUUGAAUGGCUAGAAAGGGAAAUUGCUAGUGGAAACAAUGUAACUGAAAUUUCAGGAGCAAAAAAAUUAGAAGAAUUUCGAAGUCAACAAGAAGAUUUUGCUGGGCCCAGUUUUGAAACAAUUAGCUCUGUUGGUCCACAUGGAGCCAUUAUUCACUAUGCACCUAAUGAAAAAACUGACGUUCUUAUAACAGAUAAAGAAUUAUAUCUUUGCGAUUCGGGUGGUCAGUACUUAGAUGGCACCACUGAUGUUACAAGAACUUUGCAUUUUGGCACUCCUACUGAUCAUGAAAAGCAAAUGUUUACAUUGGUUUUAAAAGGGCAACUUCAGCUUGGUAGUAUCGUUUUUCCAAAGAAAGUGAAAGGAAAUCGUUUAGACGCAUUUGCUCGUCAAUUUUUGUGGAAGGUGGGCCUUGAUUACAAUCAUGGUACAGGUCACGGUGUCGGCUCAUACCUUAAUGUUCACGAAGGUCCAAUGGGAAUACAUAAAAGAGACAUGCGUGCCGACCCAGGCCUUGAGGAGGGAAUGUUUUUAUCCAACGAACCGGGAUAUUACGAAAACGGAAAAUUUGGAAUUCGAAUAGAAGAUGUCGUGGAGAUUGUGCCUGCAACGACCCCUUAUAACUUUGAAAAUUUACAGUUUUAUACGUUUAAUACUAUUACAUUAGUACCUAAGCAAACCAAGCUGAUAAAAACUGAAAUGUUAACAGAUGAAGAAAUUUUGACUUUGAAUAAUUAUCACCAAAAAUGUAGAGAUGUCUUAGGUCCAAUAUUAAAGACGCAAAAACGGUUUGAUGUUAAAAAAUGGUUAUGGAAAGAAACUGAACCAAUCAGUAAAUAAUUAUAAUUUACAACGUAUAAUAUACAUAAGUUGUCGGGCAUUUAUAAGAAAAUGUAAAUGGGUUAUAUGAAAUAAAAAAUAAAACACUUAUUCAAAAUAA